AUGAGAAAUCUAUUGAAUUUAUCCUAUAGAAAUUUCACUUUGUGGCGAUGUGAGGACCCCAAUUACGAAAACAGGAUUAUACGAAAUGAUGCUGUUCAGGAAUUGUGUACAAAAUACAGUAUAACACCAAAGCAAGUCUUGAACAAAAUUAAGAGCUUGAGGUCAUACGUCCAUAAGGAACACACAAAAGUUUCUAAGAAAAAAAGUGGAAGCGCAACCUCCGAAGCAUACAAAAGCAGUUGGUUCGCUUAUACCUCCACGUUAUUAAUUUUGGAUGGUGAUACGCAACGCAGCGGCACAGAAACUGAACUUGCAGAAUAUGACAGCCAAGAGGGCACGAGUGAGAACGAGGGAAAUAGGAAAAUAGAGAUACUUGAACACGAAACUACUUCAUCAAGUACAAGUCAACAGGGAUUGGAUUUUGCAACACCUUCAUCAAAACUAAACGCCAAAAAAAAAAUCGGCGCUGAAACCGAGUUUAAAAUUAAUAAAAUUUUAUUUGAAGCGGAAAUGCAAAGUUUAAAUAAGCAGUCAAGCUAUCCCACUAUAGUGCGUUCAAUUGAUACUCUGCAACCAGAUAAUAGCCGCCCCGGAUCUUCCAUUGCAAAUUAUAGUUAUGAAUGCUCAAACUCAACUACACCAGAAAUGCUCAGCCCAAACUCAGAAAAGCUAAAUAAGUGGCCAAACUGUCCUACUAUGGUUCGUUCAAGUGACACUCAACUCGGUAAUAGCUGCACUGGAUCUUCAACUACUAAUUCUAGGUGUGAACUGUCAAACAUAUUGAGCCUAAUUCAGAAAUGCUUCCAAACGAUAUUACUACGGCAUCCAACCAGAAUUCUGCGCUAGUACAAC